AUGGACUUGCCAAAGGUAGAGGCCGCGUUUUUAAUUUAUAAUCUUGAAUACUAUGCGCUAAUAAAUCAUGAAAAAUUAUAUACUAUUAAAGAACUAAAUAAAAAAAUUAACAAGUAUGCACAGGUUAUUUUAAGCAGUAAUUAUAAACAUGUAAAUAAUUUUUCAUACACAACUGAAAUACUUCACUAUUUUUACAAGAUAACAGAAUAUUAUUUUAUGAAGUAUUUCAAUAGUACUAUUAUUGAUUCCACCUUCUUUUUCAAAUGCAUUAAUGACAUAAAAAAUAGAUCAUUUGAUAUUGUUCAAAAUGAUGAAAUGAAAAAACAAUUUAAUUUAGAUGAAAAUAAAGGCACACAGAAAAGUGAAAACUUAACAGAAAAUCUCGGAGAAAACCUGGAGAAUAAAAAGGUAGGCAAUUAUUCUUUUAAUUGCAAAGUUUUACAUAGUUUUGUUGAAAAUUUAAAAAGAAUAUGUAGUGAAAAUAGGAAGCAUGCUAUUAAUAUAAACGAAAUAAAAAGAAGAGAGGAGAAAAGAGAAAAAAGUAAUAGUAGAAAUAAUAUAAGCAACAACAACAAUAAUGGUAUCAAUAGUGAAACACACACUAGGAAAGCUAAAAAAACAAAUGAAACAAAACAUUCCGAAGAACAUACUAAAUUUCACAAAAGGUUUUAUUACGAAUUAUGUGAAAUUAACGGUAGCCAUAAUAAUGAAAAAAAUCGAAUGAUUUAUAUCACCAAAAUUUUUCGCAAAAUAAUUAAUAGAAAAAAAGUUAGACAGUUUAUAUGUGAAAAUGAAAAAAGAGUAAAAAAGAAUAAUUUAAAAUUCUUUUUAAACUUAUCUUUGGGUAUAUUUAUAUAUCUUUACAUUUAUAAAUACAUAAAAAAAAAUUAUAAAAAAAUUGAGUUUUUUAUAUUUUUAAAUAAUCUGCAAAAUAUUAGAAAAAUAUAUCUUAAUAAUAUGCCUUACAUUGAAAAGCGCCAGUUGUGUAACUUCAUUAAAUAUAUAAAGCUUCUGAAUAUUCAAAUGUUUCAAUAUGUGUAUAUCUCAUUUUUUGUGAAUAUAUACAAAUAUGCUAACUUAAUAUAUAAUGUAACGCUUCUAACACUUUUUAAUUAUUUUAAGCACAUAUAUGAAAACAACAUAGAGAAAAAAAAGGGUUUGCAAAAGAAUGAAAAUCAAAUAAUAGACACAAAUGAUAAUAUGUGUAAAAGUUUUUUGAAAAUAGAUGAUACAAAAUGUAAGGAGAUCAAUAAUGAUAGUAAAAAUUAUGUAGAGGUAGAUGAAAAUUUUAGUAAUAAAAUUAUUUUAUCAAAAGAAAAAAAUAUACAAAUAAAGGAAGAGCAAAUAAUGUCAAGCGAACGCGGAAAAGGUAUUAAUACAAACACAUAUGAAUGCCUUAAUAAAAUUAUUGACAACAAUGAUAGUAUACUUUCAAGUGAUCUGAAUAAAAAAAAAGGGGAAAAUGUGACAAGUGGAAUUAAUGAGAAUACUUGUAACAAAAUUGAUGAUAAUACUUCACCUUCGAAUGGGAAACAAAAUCACAACUCCUUUUAUUCCAUAGAAAAUAAAAGAGAACAAACAAAUGAAAUCAUUUUUGAUUGCUAUAUAUACGUUUUUAUACUUUUUACGUACAUAAGAAAGACUAGAAAUAGGAUGAAAUCCAAAAUGAUUAAAAUACAAAAUAACAUUAAAAAAAUGAUUAGUAUAUUUGUUAAAAUAUAUUAUAUAAACCAAAAAGAAAAAAAAGAAAAAGAAGAAGAAGUAGGAGUAGAAGAAGAAGAAGGAAAAGUUGAAGAAGAAGUAGGAGUAGAAGAAAAAGAAGGAAAAGUUGAAGAAGAAGAAGAAGCAGUAGAAGAAAGAAAAAAGUCAUUAAGAAAAUAUAUAGGGAACAAAAAACAUGUUCGUACUAACUUCGAUGAAAGUAGUUGUAAAGCUAGUCAUAAUAUAGUCAAUUCGUUGCCUUCUUUAUACUUUAAUUACAUAGAAUUAAGUAAAUAUUACAAAAGUUGUAUAAAAAUAAAUUACGAAAUUAUGAAUUUAGUCCAUAAGUUCCAUUUACUAUUAAAACAUUUUUAUAAAUACCUCCCUGUUUUAAAUAUAAAUAAGGAGAAUUGUAUUAUAUAUAAUUACUAUAAUAAAUGUUAUAUAUAUAAUGAAAAUAUCAAAAAAAAAGAAGAUACAGAUAAAGUAAUCCCAAGGAAAGACAUAUAUGAAAAGAGAAAAAAGAAGGAAACAACUUUUAAUAUAUUUAAAAAUGUUACGGAUUAUGAAUUAGAUUUUUUUUAUUUUAAUGAAAAGGAACAUGAUGAAAAAGAAAUAAUACACGACUUAGUACAAAAUAAUGAAGUAGAGCUUUUUGAACAUGUAUUUGAAGAAGGGGCUAAAAAUGAAUUCGCGAAUUGUCAAUCAUCACAGAGUUGCACAGAACAACAGGACGCACAAGAGAGGGAAAAUUCAGACAACGGCUUGAGUAGUGAUGAAAUGGAAUAUUCGAAAAAAUUAUUUUUAUAUUACCUUAACAACAAUUUAGAGAUGUGUUUAAUCAAUUUGGUAGAUAAAGAUGAAUUUUCCUCCGCAAAUGAUGAAGCACAAAAUGGUGGAAAUACAUUAACAACAUCGUACACUAAAACUAAAAAUUUGUCGUUUCUCAAAAGCACUUCUAUUUUACAGUAUUUGAAUAAUAAUAAAAAUACGUAUAACAAAAUAAUUGAGAUAAUCCAUCAAUUUUAUAACAAUCCAUCACAUACCCUCAAAAAUUGUAUAAAAGAUCUAAAUAUAUAUGAUAAAAAUAUACUAGAAAUAUAUGAUGAUAAUAUUUUUGAUUUAUAUUAUAAAUUUAAAAAUGAAGCUACAUUUGAAACUGAAGAAUCGAUAAAAAAUAAAAAGCUGUUGGAAGUAAAAAUAUUUUUAGAUUAUGAAAAAUUACAUACAAAAAGAACCGUUGAAACACAAACACCUAUUUCUUUUUUUAAAAAAGAUAAAUUAAUACAAAUUGCAAAAGAUGAAGAAGUUUCCACAAUAGCAGAACGAAGUAUUCAAACAAAAAAGAUUACUAAUCCAAUUUUUUAUCUAAAAGAUAUAUACGAUUAA